UUGGGCGAAUUGUCUCGCGCUAAUUAGGAAGUCUGACCCAUAAUUUAGCUCCAUAGGUUAUAGGCAAGGAAUAGAAAAAUGGAGUCGCACUAUUGCCCGACAGCUCAACGCAAACGUGAAGAUGUUUGAUUUGAUUUGUACCCCGGGGCCGGGGAUGGAUAGCCGACGUUUUACGGCGGCGUCUGAAAUAACGCGAUCGGCCCCGAAAUGAAUAGUUGUUGUUGUCUUAACACAAAAAGCACAUCGUUUGGGAGUUGAAAAGAGCGACGCGUUGUCCCCGUUUUCCAACUCGACGGCGAAUGCCGUCGUAAAGGUUUCGUGCGGCGUGACACGAAACGACGACGCCAAUCAUCUCGUGUGCCAUUUAUGAGUUUGAAGGACCCGAUAUGCUGAUGUGGGGGGGUGGGGGGGCGGAUUUUGGAUGGCAGCGAAUGUUGUUACAACGUUACGCAUUACAUUAUCCACACCAAACGUACGCGUGUCGGGCUGUAUCCGCAUCACUGUAUCCGUUUCUCAGCUAAAUGUGCCUGUUUGUAAAGAUUGUUGCCAUUCUUCAUAAAGUGUCUGAAUUACCUCGGCUCGGGCUUCGCCGGCGGAGGCCAAGCGGUCCACGGCUUCCAAUAAAUGCCCCCAUUAUGACCCAGUAUUAAACCAAUUUACAUUUUUAACGGCGUGGCUAACUCCAUGUCUAUCACUGUAAACCACAGGCUGUGCUGUAUUGUCCCCCCCCAGCCCCCCCCCCUCCUAAGUUUUGUUGGAGGAUUUAUCUUUUGCUGUCCUAUUGCAGAAAUGAUGGAGGACUCCCACUUCAAUUCAUCCUAUUUCUGGUCUCCCGUCCCCACAGUACAAGGACAGAUCGAAAAUGCCAUGUUCCUGAACAAGAUGAAAGAGCAACAGGAGAAGAAUGCCGCCUUUUCCCCUCCAUCCGCCCCCCACUACCAGACAACUGUGCUGACCAUCCCUGGCCCGGGCACUAAGCAGGAGGGAGGCGGGCAACCCGGGCCCGGAGGACACCUACACCCCCCUCACAACGCUCAGAACAUCACAGUGGUUCCCGUCCCUUCCACGGGCAUCAUGACGGCAGCGGGUCUGGUCAUAACGACUCCUCAGGGCACACUUGUAUCUCCCACCUCCUCUCAGUCUUUUGUCUCUGGUCAUCCAACAACAACCAUGAUUGUUUCUGCACUCCAUGCCCCUAAUGCAGAAAAAAAAGAAGGGGAUGGGGCUCCCCAUGUGGUCGUUAUGCCAACGCCCUCCAAACGGGGCAGAAAGAAGAAGACCGCUCUCCCGAGGGUGGGUCCCAUCGGCGGACACCCGCUUUCAGCGGGAAACGAGACGCUCAUCCUGGCUCACCUGACGGCCAGCGGCCAGGUUAUGUCUUUGCAGCAUCAUGCCGGCGACCCGUAUGACCUGUCGAAUGAAGACGAAGACCACGGACUGAAAGACGGCACCAAGACGUACAGGUGCCGGAUGUGUGCGGCGACCUUCUUCAGUAAGUCUGACAUGCAGAUCCACUCCAAGUCGCACACAGAGGCCAAGCCUCACAAGUGUCCUCACUGCGCCAAGUCAUUCGCCAACUCCAGCUACCUGGCCCAGCAUAUCCGCAUCCACAGCGGCGCCAAGCCCUACACCUGCUCCUACUGCCAGAAAUCUUUCAGGCAGCUCAGUCAUUUACAGCAGCACACACGGAACCACACCGAGUCGAAGCCUCACAAGUGUCCCCACUGUACCAAGUCCUUUGCCAACUCCAGCUACCUGGCCCAGCAUAUCCGCAUCCACACUGGAGUGAAACCCUACACCUGCUCCUACUGCCAAAAGUGCUUCAGACAGCUCAGUCACCUCCAGCAGCACAACAGGAUUCACACUGGAGACCGGCCCUACAAGUGUGUCCAUCCUGGCUGUGAGAAAUCUUUCACGCAACUAUCCAACCUGCAGUCCCACCGACGGCAACACAACAAGGACAAACCCUACAAGUGUGCUAACUGUAAUAGAGGGUACACGGAUGCAGCCAGCCUUGAAGUGCAUCUGUCCACACACACGGUGAAACACGCCAAGCUCUACUCAUGUGGCCUCUGCAACCGUACUUACACAUCGGUAAGGCAAAUAUACAUUUCUGAACAACAUUUCUGUGUCAAACACCUUGCAACGCAAUACUGGUAUCACACACUUGGCAUCUACUUUACGCUAUUUAGUCCACUAACCCCACUUCUUCUCCUCAUCCCCAAAUCCCAGGAGACAUAUCUAGUGAAACACAUGCAGAAACACAACCCAGAUCAGCUAACGGCAUCAGUGGUGGCUGCAGCACAGCAAGCUCAACAGAACCCCAACCAAAGACAGGAUCCAGGCCAGGGCGGUGCUCAAAACCGAGGCGAGAGCACAGAUAGUAGGUCAGCCAGGCCUGGAGGAGCUGGUGGCGGAGGAGGAGGACAGCAGGGACAGAACCAAGGAAACUACCCCCAGACACAGUCCAUGCCCUGUCCUUUUGACUUGCACCAGUAUAAGACAGUGUCCGCCAGUGACAUCCAGUACAAACCAGUCAGUGUGUCAGACAUGGCUGCCCACAAGGACCUCUGUCUCAGUGUGGCAACGUCCACCAUUCAAGUGGAGCAUCUCAACUCUUAAAUGUUUAAAAGGAGAGAUGAUGGAAGGUAUGGAAGUAGUGUCCAAUAAGCAAUCACCAGUUGGAGGACGGAGAGACGGCAUAUGAAAACAAUACUAAAAUGAAAUAGGAACCUGGGACGAUAUGACUGUGCCUGAAUGGUGGAUGGCGGUAGAAAGGGGAAAAUACUUUGAGAGAUAUAAUGAGGACUACAUAUUUUGUCACUUUCCUUUCUUUGUUUGAUUCUGUUUUGCUUUACUGUCUAAUGAAUAGGAAACGCAUGUAAAGGCUGCAAUAAAGUAUGCUUCAGUCCAUCACAGUGAUGGUAUUAUAGAGGGGAAGAGAGAAUGUGUGUGAAAGAGCCUAUCAUUCUUGUGUUAUUUUAUAUCCUCCUGCUCUUCUCCACAUACAUAGUACAGGCCAUGUCAAGUUCUGGUCUUUUUUUGAUGAAACUGGUAGUCAACUGUGAAGGUAAUUUUUUAUACUUUCAUACAGAGCUUUUCAGUUUUUACAUCAGUGUUAUUACCUCUACCAUCUUGUAAAAUAUCUACCCACAAAUGAUUUUUACUUAAAAGGGAUUUAGAUGAUAUUUCCAUUUCUGGAAAUAAAAAUAAACAACAAAGUCUAUCUAUAUAUAUAUAUAUACAUACAUAUAUAUAUCUAUAUAUACGUACCAGUAUAUACAAUAUGUUUAUGUGUUAAAAGGAAGUGGUAAACUAUAUAACCUGUCUGAAGCCUAUGACAGCCCUUUUUGCAUCACAUGACCUUGAGGAAAGUGAUAAAGCCAGUUCAUGUUUCAUGUCAUCUUUAUCGUAUUUCUUUUUUGUGCAUAUGUCCUGAGAAUAACACGGUUAUCCAGAUGUAUUCUUGAUAUACUUCCACUAUACCAAUGUUUAUAAUGCUCCUUUAUAGACAUACUGACACAACUGAUUAGUGUUUUUUUUUCCUGCUUAUGAUACAAUAAAACCUCUC